UAUAAGAACUCAAAGAAACUAUAGACUGAGACGACAACUACUUUAGAUCACUGAAAGUCCCAGUGUUUUUCAAGGGUUUUGAGAGUUCUCAAAUCAUACAUUUACAUCCUCCUCCACUCCCUCCAUAUGAUCCUUUAAAAGCGAAAAACCAAAUCCAAACCAAACCAAACCCAGAAUUUGCAGCAAAUCAAUUAUGGCGACCAUGCCCGCAUCCGCAUCAGAUCUGUUGAAGUCCUUCAAACUCAAAACCAAGCAACAAGAACUCUUGAUCCGAGUCUCCAUCCUCUGUCUCGUCUACAUCUUGGCAUUCAUCACUCGUCUCUUCUCUGUCCUCCGUUAUGAAUCCAUGAUCCAUGAAUUUGACCCCUACUUCAAUUAUCGCACCACUCUUUACCUCACCGAGAACGGCUUCUACGAUUUCUGGAAUUGGUUCGACUAUGAAAGCUGGUACCCUUUAGGCCGAAUAGUCGGCGGCACCCUUUACCCAGGUCUCAUGGUGACCGCCGUUCUUAUUUAUCGCAUCCUCCGUUUCCUUCGUUUCGCCGUCCAUAUCCGCGAAGUCUGCGUUUUAACAGCUCCGUUUUUCGCUUCCAAUACGACCCUCGUCGCUUAUUUCUUCGGGAAAGAAAUCUGGGAUUCCGGUGCCGGUCUUGUCGCCGCCAUUUUGAUCGCCAUUUGUCCUGGUUACAUAUCCAGGUCCGUGGCUGGUUCUUAUGAUAAUGAAGGGGUCGCCAUUUUCGCUUUGCUUUUCACGUUUUAUGUCUUCGUGAAGGCCGUUAAUACGGGAUCGUUGGCUUGGAGCUUGGCUUCGGCGUUUGGUUAUUUUUACAUGGUUUCAGCUUGGGGAGGAUAUGUUUUUAUUAUUAACUUGAUCCCACUUUAUGUGCUGGUGCUCUUGAUUACUGGGAGGUAUUCAAUGAGAUUAUAUGUUGCAUAUAAUUGUAUGUAUAUUUUGGGAAUGUUGCUUGCAAUGCAGAUCCGCUUUGUCGGGUUUCAACAUGUGCAAUCCGGUGAACAUAUGGCCGCCAUGGGCGUCUUCUUCUUGAUGCAGGUUUUCUACUUUUUAGAUUGGGUGAAGCACAUGCUUAGUGACACAAAAUUGUUUCAAGCUUUCUUGAGGAUCACCGUGACUUGUGCAGUCGCUGUGGGUGGUAUUGCUUUGGGAUUAGGCAUGGUAUCUGGUUAUAUUUCACCUUGGACAGGAAGGUUUUACUCUUUGCUGGAUCCAACAUAUGCCAAGGAUCACAUUCCCAUCAUUGCAUCUGUCUCUGAGCAUCAGCCAACAGCGUGGUCAUCUUUCAUGUUUGAUUUCCAUAUCCUGCUUUUCCUUUUCCCAGCUGGUCUUUAUUUCUGCUUCAAACGGUUGUCUGAUGCCACUAUAUUUAUCGUCAUGUAUGGUUUGACAAGUAUGUAUUUUGCUGGUGUUAUGGUUCGGUUGAUUCUUGUUGCUACACCCGCAGUUUGCCUUAUUAGUGCCAUCGCUGUUUCCGCCACUGUGAAGAACUUGACUGUGCUGUUGAGGUCGAAGAACAAGGUUGUCCAAACUGGUUCCACUAAGGGAAGUGGCGGUUCAAAGUCCUCUUCUAAGGCUUUACUUGAUCAGUCCCAGCCUUUCCAGAAAAAUGGGGCGAUUGCACUGCUCUUUGGUGCCUUUUACUUGCUCAGUAGGUAUGCUACCCACUGUACAUGGGUCACUUCAGAAGCUUACUCAUCUCCUUCAAUUGUACUGGCUGCAAGAGGUGCCCAUGGGAAUAGAGUUAUUUUUGAUGAUUAUCGUGAGGCUUAUUUUUGGCUUCGGCAAAAUACUCCUCAAGAUGCCAAGGUGAUGUCUUGGUGGGAUUAUGGGUAUCAAAUCACUGCCAUGGGAAACAGAACUGUUAUUGUUGACAACAACACUUGGAAUAAUACUCAUAUCGCUACUGUUGGGCGUGCUAUGUCAUCUUACGAAGAUGAGGCAAUUGAGAUAAUCAGAUCACUUGACGUUGAUUAUGUAUUAGUUGUCUUUGGAGGUGUUACAGGGUAUUCCUCCGAUGACAUUAACAAAUUUUUGUGGAUGGUGAGAAUCGGAGGUGGAGUCUUCCCUGUAAUCAAGGAACCUGAUUACCUCGUUAAUGGUGAAUAUCGUGUUGAUAAAGGCGCUGCUCCUAAAAUGUUGAAUUGCCUCAUGUACAAGCUAUGCUACUAUCGGUUUGGAGAGAUGCUGACGGAAUAUGGAAAACCGCCCGGCUAUGAUCGUGCACGAGGCGUCGAAAUUGGAAAUAAAGAUGUUAAACUCGAGCACUUGGAAGAGGCAUUUACGACAUCGAACUGGAUUGUUCGUAUUUAUAGAGUUAAACCACCAAAUAAUAGGUGGUGGUUGAACCGAUACAAGUUUGGCUGAACCAGUAACAAACCGGUUUUAUAUACUUUUCUUAUUUAAAAUUUAUGCUUAUAUUUAGUGAGAUUUGAAUUUGUAAUCACUUAGUUUUAUAUUAAAAUUUGUACAUGUAAAAUACAUAUUUUUGUUAAACUAUAUAAUAUUUAUUUAUAGCUUAAAAAAUAUUAAAAUAGUUGGUUAAA